AUGGCCGCCAACCCUGACAUCGCGGCGAGACAUUCGUCCAGCUCACCAGGCACGACGCAGGGCGAGACACCCGACUCACGGCCUGCGACUCCAUUGUCAAGAACUCGCUCGCAGAACGGCUAUGGCUGCGAUGACGAGGUAGAUUACGAUGCGUCUGCCGACGCCGGCGAACGCGAUGGGGGAACGCCAGAGGAGGAUCCGUUCGAGGUUGGGUGGAAUGGUGGUGACAGCGAUCCGUUGAACCCACGGAGUUACAGCACACCUCGGAAAUGGAUGAUCACUUUGAUCGUCGUCAGUGGCAGCUUCAGCGUCACCUGCACAAGUUCGAUAUACACGUCGACAUAUGCGCAGAUGGAGGCAGAGUUUGGCAUUUCGCGCAUCGUCGCCACCCUGGGUCUGUCGACAUUUGUCCUGGGCCUCGGAUUUGGCCCCAUGCUCUUCAGCCCCCUGAGCGAGUUCUACGGCCGCCGGCCCAUCUACCUCGUGUCCUGGUCCAUCUUCCUCAUCUGGAUCAUCCCGUCUGCCGUGGCCCCCAACAUCGCCACGAUGAUUGUGGCUCGCUUCUUCGACGGGUUCGCUGGCAGCACCUUUCUGGCCGUUUCAGGCGGAACUGUGGGUGACUUGUUCACCAAGGAAGACCUCCAGGUUCCCAUGGCUAUCUUCACCAUCGCCCCUUUGGUCGGACCAACCGUUGGGCCUCUGCUCGGUGGCUUCAUCAACUACAACGUCAAUUGGCGAUGGACAUACUAUGUCCUCCUCAUUUGGGUUUCCGCAGUUCUCCUGUGCAUCAUCCUCCUGGUGCCCGAGACAUAUCAUCCUGUCCUCUUGCGGAGGAAAGCAGCCAAGAUCCGCAAAGAGACGGGAGACGAUCGAUGGGUCUCGGCCUCUGAAAAGGUACACAAAUCGGUCAUUGGGGCCAUCGGCCACUCCUUGAAGAGGCCGUUUCUUCUUCUCUGGUUCGAGCCCAUGUGUUUGAACCUGUGCAUCUUCACCGCUCUGUUACUGGGCAUCAUGUACCUCUUCUUCGGGGCGUUCCCGUUGGUUUUUGGGACCAACCACGGCUUCAACCUGUGGCAGGUUGGACUGACGUUCUUGGGUCUCGGCGUCGGCUCCGUUGCCAGCCUCGCCACUGAUCCUCUGUGGUACAGAGUGAGGGGCCGCCUGGUGGCCAAGCUCGAACAAGAGACUGGCGUCGCCGGUGCCAGUGAGCCUGAGUUCCGCCUGCUGCCUGCCCUGGCUGGCGGUGUGCUGGUACCUGUUGGCCUGUUCAUCUUUGGCUGGUCGACGUUCCCCUGGGUUCAUUGGAUCGUGCCCAUCAUUGGGUCGACCUUGUUUGGCGCUGGGACUAUACUGGUCUUCACAGGUGUAUUCACAUUUCUGGUCGAUGCCUAUCCAUUGUACGCCGCCAGUGCACUGGCUGCCAACUCAUUUGUGCGUGGUACAUUUGCCGCCGCCACACCCUUGUUCGGCAAUCAAAUGUACAAUGCUCUGGGCUAUCAAUGGGCAACAUCGCUACUCGCCUUCCUCACUCUGGUGAUGACGCCAUUUCCGUUCAUCUUCUUUUACUACGGCAAGAGGAUCAGGCUCCGAAGUCGGUUCGCCAAGCGCUGA